AUGUACAUCCCUGCAGAGGCAUGGGAAACCAAGGAACAUACGGAACAAACUGUCGAUUUCUUCCUAGAACUGGUCAGGUCAACAGUCAGCAUAGUAACACCACUCUCGAAGGAGGGGGUAAGAGGCAACUCCUGGUGGUCAGAUGAGAUGAAACAAAUGAAGGCAAGGGUAAACGCAGCAGAAAGGAAGGCGAGAAAUACAAGGAAACCCAAUCACGUGGAGGAACACCGGAAGGCUUGCAGAGAAUGGACAGUCAUGAUCCGGAAAGCAAAAGCGGACCGGCGGGAAAAGACGAUCAACGAGGCAAAAGGCAGUGAAGUCUGGAGAAUCCUAAGCGCAGGAAGGAGACGAGACACAAUCAUACCAACCAUACAAGGUGAAGAAACGUUCGCGGGGAAGUGCCAAGCUCUAAGAGCCCAACUUUUCCCCUCGAAACGGACGCCCCCCGACCAUCCCCCCUUGAAUAUUAGACCCCCCUCCUUUGACCUUAGCAAUACCUUCAACAUAGUCACCCCCGAAGAACUUAACAAAGCAAUCGACUCCUGUCCAGCGCACUCGGCGACCGGCCCGGAUGGCAUCCCUUACACCUUUAUUAAAGCAAUUGUCAAAGCAAAUACAACUCUAAUCCAAGACAUGUUCUCCGCUAUGCUCCGGCACGGUGUACACCCAGCGGAAUGGAAAAUAGCUAAGUGUAUCCCGAUCCCGAAACCCGGUAAAGCAAAUUAUCAUGAAGCAAAAGCCUACCGGCCCAUUUCCCUUCUACAAUGUUUCAGCAAAAUCCUGGAGAAGAUAGUGGCCCAGAGACUCUGCACCGCUGGAGAAAUCCUAGGCACACUCUCAGCAAACCAAUUCGGAGGAAGACCAACCAUCUCGGCAAUCGACGCCCUCCUGAGAACCUUGACACCAAUACAACAAAACCUACUACUAAAAAACAGCACCGGAAUCGCCCGGCGAGAUAGACCAGCGAUCCUAACCAACGACAUCCAAGGAGCAUUCAAUUGUGUCGAUCACCUACUCCUCGCGGAAAUCAUGCACCAACAAAAAUUCCCCACCUAUCUGACAGAAUGGUGCAAGGAAUUCAACACCGGCAGAAAACUACAGUUCCAAUUCAACCAUGAGCUAGAAGAACCACAGCCCUAUGAUUCUGGAGUGCCGUAA